AUGGAUGUUCCAAAGGAUUGGGCACGUACAUUGGAGGCACAUUCGUUGAGAUUCGGUUUCGAUGACGGAGAAAUUGUUGGGGUAUGCCCCACUGAAGCGGAUCCAGUUUGGGCGGUGAAUCUGAAACGAGCCGUUCUUUCAGCAUUCCAAACGAAUCACGGUGAAUUGUUAAAUUUACUGGCACAAUCAGAAAAACCCCACUCAACUUCAGAAUCCGACUGGGAAACUGACGUGGUGGGCGAGUGUCCAGUGGAACACGAGAAUCGUAAAGCUGGUCCAGCCCUGAGCAUAAAAACAACCAAAAACAUUGCGGCCUGCCAUCGAGGCGCCGAUAUUUCCGGUAUCCGCGCCGUACCGUAUCGAUUCCAUUCGAACAUUCAAGCAGUACCUACCUUGGAAGCCACGCAAAAAUGCGAACGUGACGUGAGAGAUGGAAUCCUGAAAAAAGUGAGUUGCACAGAAAAUCAUCGGCUACCGGCCAUCAUCGAAGCAGGUGGUUCAGGAGACGCAUGGUCGGUGCAUGUUGUGGCGCAGAUGACACACACGAGUACUCAACCUUCGAACGCCAAAGCGGCACCGUUCUCGAAGCAUGAAACCAUCAAAUUCGAUCACUCCGAUGAUAUGCACACCCCGAAAACUGCCGACGUACGACAAGUGAAAACAAGCGUUGAUGCGCUAUGUGCACAAACACAUCGAUCUAUUUCAACGUAUGUACUUCAGGCAGCUAUGCAUUUCGCCGAGCUGGUGCACAAUCUUCGUGGUUUAUCACAACAAGAGAUCACCUCAAUCUCAAACAAGGAUUGCACGGCGUUCGUCGAUGGACUAGCGAUGUGUGGAUCAGCCAACUGUAUAGCGCAUUUGGCCACAUUGAUCAAUCACGGUGCUGCAUCCGAGAGUGUUUUUUCAGCGUUGGCAUUUGUUCACAAUCCCGAUAAGGCAGUGAUCGAUCAUGUGGCAUCGUUCAUCGCUCGUGUUCCUCAUCAAGGUAUUUCUUCAGCAAUCAUCUCGAAGUUCUCCCUAAAAACUGCACCAGACUAUCAACAAAUCAGAAACUUUUCAAAUGAUCGCCUAGCUGCUGCAGGUCUAUUGGGUGUUACUUCUCUGGUACAAUCCUACUGUAUAUCGCAUCCUCACUGCGGUACCGAACCCGGUGUGAAACGUAUCAUUGACGCACUUCUGCAGAAAAUUCCUCGUGGAUGCACAGUCGGAAAACAUUUCGCUGAAGUGGAGAAAGCAGUUUACGCACUGAAAGCAAUAGGUAACAUUGGAAAUGAGGAUAUCUCAUUGACAUUGCUAAACGAUUGCGUUGCAAAUGAGAAGAAUCCAUUGGAAGUGCAGCUGAGUGCAAUCGAUGCUCUCAGGCGAAAACCGUGCAACGAUAAACGCAAUAAGAAUAUUGACCAUUUGUUCUUCGAUGAAGAGGUCAGUGAUCAUUAUAGGCAAAUCGUAGCCUAUUGGCUUGAACUGGAUAACAUCAGUAGAACACUCGAAACUUCAUUUAAGGAGGAUGAAGAGGUACGAAUAGCGGCAUUUGCACAAUUAAUGGAAUGUGCUGACGAGGCGAUUGUUGAUAAAGUUAUCGAUCAUUUCCACAACGAAACAUCCAAUCAGGUUGGUUCAUAUGUUUGGUCGUAUUUGAAUGCGAAACGACGUUCGUCGAAGCCUGGAAAUGAGGAGUUGCAAAGGAUUCUGAAAAAGAAACACAUUCCACAACGUUUCGAUUUGGAUCCUCGUCGCUUCUCACGUUUCUACGAAGUGGGAUACUUCGAUCCCGAAAACAAUUACGGUGGACAUAUGGACUCAUCGGUUAUAUUCUCACCAAAAGGCUAUAUACCACGCGGGGUGAACUUCAACUUCACGAUACAUCUCUUCGGAAAGAGUUUGAAUAUAUUGGAACUGGAUGCUCGGGCUGAAGGACUGGAGCAGCUUGACAAUGAACUGUUCGGCGCAGAUGGCUAUAUCUCGAAUCCAAACGGCCAUGUCUUCCACGACAAAAAAUUCCAAUCGCAUAAUGCUAAAGUGAAUCAGCUGAAAGUUUUGUUCCAGAAAAAAGGCGAUUUCAUUGAAGAUCAACUCUCCGGAAGCUUAUCUGCAAGGAUGUUUGGUGACGAUGUGAAGUACUUUGCAUUCGAAAAGGACCAUUUCUUUGAGAAUGCAAAAGAAUAUUUCGCAUUAGACAAAACAUUGCCGAAAUUAGCGAAGGAAAUGAAGUUUGAGGUUGAUAUGAUAAGAGAAGAUAUUGGAGUUGGGAGCUUUUUAGCCAUUUUGGGGUAUAGACGACGGCUGAAUGAAAAAUUUGCAACCCCUCCGAAUUUUUUGGAGAAAUCACGGAAUUUAAUGCUGGUCGACGUACGUCGAUUGCUACCAACUGUUUGCGGUCUUCCUCUGCAAAUCGCAUUGAACGCAGCCGUGAAAUCGAAAGUUUCAUAUAAAGCAAAAUUGAAUCUGGUCGAUCUGCUGCAUCAACGACCAAAUGCGGAUGCUUUGUUGGAAGCUCAGCCAUCGGCAUCAGUUUUCGCAACGCUGUCAGUAUCGUUGUUGGCUGCCGAGGCAAAAUCCGGUGUUCGCUGCGAAUCGACGUUAUACUCAGCGACGAGUGUUUCUGGUGAAGUCUCACUUAAAGAUGGCAAAAAAUUCUUGGCAAAGAUCAAUCUACCUGAUGACGAUGCGAAACUAGUGCAUUAUGAACGGAAGAUGUCACGAAUUGAUAAUAAUCGCAUAACGGCAAUUCCAACACCUCCAGCUCCAGGCUCUAAACAUCACUAUUGUACAAGUUCAACGACCGGUAAAGUGACUGGCCUGAAAAUGUGUGCUGAGGUGAGCAAUCGUUAUUUUAGAUGGCAAAACAAUUAUCCGUCUGUGCUCGCUGAAGUGUCAGUAGAAAAAGUGGAUCCACAAUUGAAAUCGUAUGAGCUGAAGAUCGAUCACGAGAGCAGUGAUGCUCAUCAGAAGAUGUUGAUGAGCGUGGAUACACCUGGUUCAAAGGUGAACCGCAAAAUGGAGACCAGCUUUGACUUAUCGAUUCCGCGCAAAACGCUGAAAAUGAACGUGAUAACACCGUUCAAGAAGAUCAUGGUCGAUGGCAAUCUGGUGGAGAAGAGACCUAGGCAGGAAUACGAUGCGAAGUUGAAGUUGAAUAUCGACGAUCGAAAACACUACGAUUUGGAUGGCUCGUUCAAGGCCGGCACACAUCAAGGCCGUACCAAAUACACACUAACAGCAAAGACUCUGGCAGGCAGUGCUGAAACAGCCGACUUGAAGACAGAAAUAGAAUACAGCGGUCGUAAAUCACCAUAUGCAAGUGUUGACUUCCAUCUGGAUAAAGUUUUCGAGAAACCGAUCGUUUUCAAAAGUUGGUUGUCACUUAUUUCAUUGAUGAAUUUGGCCGGUCCACAUUAUCAGUCGAAACUGGAAUAUUCGGGACCGAAAUUCAACGGUAAACUCGACGGUGACUUGCACCACACGGGAGGUUUCUCGUAUAAAGGCUCGGUGAAGGGCGACUAUCAAGUCGGAAACGAGAAGAAACAUCUGCUGAAUAUCGUUGAAUGGGAUAUGAAAAUGUGCGAUUUGCAGAUGAAAGGCAAAGAUCACAAUCUGAAGAAUUCGAUCAGUGUGGAGUCAAGUUCGCUGGGUAAAUACGACUAUACGGUGUAUUCGAAACGUGAAGGAAACGACAUGAAGAACGCCAUCGAAGUGGAUUAUCGAGGAAAGAAAUCAACGGUGAACGUGGACAUCAAACGCAAUGCAAACGAUUUAUAUACGGCAAUUGCGACGGCGAAAUGCGAUCGACUUGGAGUGAACCACAAAGCCAAUAUUGCCUAUCAAAAUAAAUUCCCAAUGCAAUUCCAACUGAAAGUUGAUGCCGAAACACCGACAAUGAAAAAUAUUCAUGCUGGUGUGGAAUAUCAAAUGAGGGUAAUUACUUUCUUUUUCCAGAGUCCUUUUGAAAAAAAUCUCCGCAGUUUUCUAAGUGGAUUUUCAACAUUUUCUAAGUUUCUCCUUCAUUUACAGUCUAGUCCAAAGUGGACGUUCAACGGAAAAGCGCGAUUGGCCUAUCCAGGUAAAGAAUUCGUGGCCACCGAACAUAUUGACGAACAGGUUGCCGGUAAAUAUAAGGCAGUAACAAUGGUACAAUGGGAUCGCAACGGUAAAGUGGACGUGAAUUCAGAGAUUCUCUUCAAACCGAAGGUUAUUUUUGGAGUGCGUUUGGGUUUUGGGUUUGGUCUUUUUGAGGUUUUUAACGAAGUGUUUUAUCGCCUAACAUCGUAUUUUUUGUUGUUCCAGGAGCAUGAGUAUUCAAUAGAUUCAGUGGUGAAUGUGGCUGGUAUGCGUGAGCCAAUCCAUUUGAAGAAACAUGUCAAAUAUCGUCAAGAUCACUACAAUUCGUCUAUCGAUUAUUUUUUUUGCAGUGUUCACUGGCAAGCAAAACACGGCAAUGUAAUUGUCUACGAGAUAAUCGGCAGUACAAACGGCAAAUUCGGUGCACCGCAGAAGAUCGAUCUCGAUGUGAAGUCACAAAAAUUCGAUCCAAAAUUCCACUAUCAUUUGGCUGGAAACGUGCAACCGACAGCUGAUACGAUGAAGCUGGAUGCGGUGAUCAAGAAGGACAAUCGUCAAGUGGCGAAAGGCGAUAUCCUGGUUCCGAAGAAUUUCAAGGCUCCAUCGCAGAAAUAUUCUGGUCAUUUCGAUUGGACUUACGAAAAUAAGCCAUACAAAGCAUCAGGUGAGUAUGUACGGAAUAAGAACGCACAAGGUUCAACACAUUUGCUGACUAUCGAUGGUAACAACGAUGUGAAAGGAUCACUACAAUUCGAUCUACUCGACAAAGUGCAUUUGAAAUGUGAUGUGCAGAAAGGUGGCAGAAGGGUAUCGCUUACGGAAAUGACUGCGGGACCGUUGAAGUGGGAUCAUUUCGAGUUGGACGGACACGUUGAUACGGACCAUCCUUUACCGAAGAAAUCCGUAAAGACGAAAGCAGCGUUCAGUUACCGAGCGAAUCAGGUGAACUACGAGGGCAGAGUGGAAUCUGAUGGAGAGCGAUACGCAGUGGAAGGUAAAUGGCGAAAACAACAGAAAACACCGAAACAGAGACAGUAUGUCUACUCGUUGGCACUACAUGCACCUCAGGGAAGUUUGAGUGUGGGUGACGAUGUGAUUGUCGAAGAUGCGUUCACAAUUCGUCGAAUGCAAUCGGAUGCAACCGUGAAGGUGGGACGAGACGAGUACAAAAUGCACAGAACCAUUGAGAAUCAACCGCAACAUUUCAAAUUCGAUAAUGAACUUACGUCGAAUACGGGCAAAAGUGCGAAAUCAACGCUGGAUUAUACGCACGUUGGUGGUAACAGGAAGCUGGAUGCGUUGUGGAAGUACAAUGAGAAGCAAGUGCAAGCGGACAUCGAAACACUCUAUGAAGAUCGUAAGAUGAAAAUCAAAGCGCACGUGAUCAGUAAUACACCGAAAAUAAUUAAAUUCACGGUAAUGAAACAACUCAUUUGCACAGAAAUAAACUUCAUCGUAAAAAACUUUCAGUCGAAUAUCGGAUGUGAAAAGGUGACCAAUUGGAAUUGUGAGGUGGAAGGCAACGUGAACGAUAAUUAUGUAUUGCAAGCACACGAAAAGUUGUCACCACAACAAUCCGACGUCGGUUAUCUGUUGAGAUUGGAUAAAUUCUUGGAUAACGAAGGGAAACUCGAAUAUCAUAUCGAUAAGCGUGCGCAAAAGUUUGAAACGAAAGCGUUGAUGAGAAAUUCGAAUCGUAAAUAUCAUUUCGAUAUGAACGUCGACCGAGAUCAUGGCUCACUGAAACUGCAGACACCAACUCAACUAAUCACUGACGCUCAGAUGCGUGUUGUGAGAAAAGGACCAGAGGAGUUCGAGAUUUCCAGUCAAGCCGGUGGAGCGGCUCGUGGCAAGGUGAAAGCGCAUUUGAAGACCGCAGACAACGAUCAACUGUUCCAAAUACAGAUCACUGAUAUCAAAGAGCCAUUUGAGUUGAUGUUGAAGAAUACGAAAUCUGGAAAUAGACAAACAUCACAAGUUGAAUUCACGCUCGAUCCAUUGGCUACCAAGAAGACGUACGGUGCGGAGAGUGUGAUAGAAGACGACGGAGGUAAAUUCCGUGGCAUGUUGGUGACUUUGAAACAUCCAAAACGUAGCGUACAUGUGGAGCUGCGUAGACCUGCACACAACAAAUACUUGUUCUCAAUUCAACCAAAAAUGGGCAGUGCACGUCGUCCAACAGUGGCCGAGAUGACCUAUGAUAAAAAUCCGAAUGGUUAUCAUUGGGAGGGAUCGUUGACGGAUCCAGCUUUGAAGAGUCCAAUCAAAGCGAAAUUUGAUCUGGUGAAGAGUGGACGCGAUCAACACAAUUAUGGACUGAGCAUAAAGAGCGAAGUAGAUUACAGUGGCCAACCGCAGAAGCUGAUCAGUCACUCGCUAAAGAUUGAACGAAAGGAGGUCGGUGCACACCGUAGACGUCGUGCUGCGGCUCAUGCUGUUAAAUUUGAAGCUGAGAUGCUGGCAACACAUCCCGCAUCGUUGGUUCUACUUCAUUUGUGUGAAUUCAUGAGAGAAUCCCUCUCCAAUAAGCAUUUGCGUUUGUGGGUGAAUGUUGAUCGUAAGCAAGUGCAUGAUGCACUAUUACCGGUGCACACAACACUCGGUGUGCAGACCAUGAAUCGACAGAAGAAGAUGGUCGAAUACUCGUUCAGUGCCGACUCGGAUGCGAUGUCGUUCACCGAACUGAAACUUAACUAUCCGCAAACAAAAAUGAAGGCACGGGUGGAUGCCGUUGGUGACAAACACUAUAAACUGGCCUUCUAUCGAAAUAGUGAUCGUGCGUCGUUGUUGGGUGAAUUGAAGAAGACGCCCAAAGGUUAUGAGCUGGAUGUUCGAGAUGAGAAGAGUGGUGAUGUGAAAUUGCAUGCUUCGGCUGAGAUGCCUAACGAGUAUUCGGCUGAAGUGGAGCUUUGGCAUAGUGAACGAGGCAAACGAAUCAGAGAUGCUAGAUUAGCGCUGGAGCUUGAAGUGGACAAUCUUCUGAAGGCAAAAGCAUACAUUCGACCACAACUCGAGGGUGAAAUCAAGGCAAGUUUCGUUGCAUAUAUUCAUAGGGAAUGCCUCAGACUGAAUUAUCCGCUCAAUUCAGCGAAAGCCAAACAGACAAUAGCAGAAGCGAAGCAUUUGGAUCAGAAUAGCGCUUUGAAAGAUAAUGUGAUGCCGUUGGUGGAAUCGCAGAAGAUUAUUGCAAAGGAUGUCAUGCAUACACUGAACACUUUGUUGAAAUCAUGGACAACAGAACAGAGAGAGUUUGCAAACGAGCUUGGUCCAGAGUAUAAGCAGAUGGUGGACCAAAUCGAAGAAAAUUACGAACUGGUUGAGGAGGCAGUUUUGACAGCAUACGAUACGGCACAACAGGCUGUGGAGCAAGCGAUCGCAGCGAUGCCCAAAUCAGAGUUUGUUCAAAAACUUCGCCAAAUGCGUGAAGGUGGAGGCGAUUUCACGAAACAGCUCACGCAGAUGUUUGAACCAGUCGUUAAGCUCUUCCAUACUUACUCUGUACAGAUAGAGAAGCUGCAAAAACAGUUCGACGAAGCAUUGGAUUAUUUGGAGAAAAACUUGAAAAUCAAGGAAAUAAAAGCGGCUCUCCAGGACUAUCAAAAGAAACUCGAACGUAUUGAUGUUAUUCACGAGGUGUUGACGAAGGCACAGAAACUCUCAAGAGACUAUCAGAUGCCUGAAGUGGAGAGAAAGCUUCAUGAAAUACAUUCACAUCGACAGCAAUACGAGUCGAAGGCUCUGCAAUUAUACGAAAAACUAAAAGAGAUUCUGCUCAAUCGACUGCUUGUUGGAGUGAUGUCUGGAGCAACGGGCAAUAUUGUUGAGAAGAUGAGUGGCGAGCGAUUUGACGACAUUGAAAUGGAGAAGCGUUGGUUGGAUGUGAUCCACUUCUUGAGAGGUAAAACCUCGUUGGAGACGUUCUCGCAUGAUCUCUGGAAGAAGUAUGUGCCGACUGUGAAGCAUAUUGGUCCAGGCGAGUAUGAGGCGGAAGUAACGGUACCACAUGGAGCGAGUUCGUUGCGUGAGGUUCUGGAGGAUCUGCAUCCUGAGCGAUUGCUCGCCUUGAAGUCGUCACUGCUCGAGAAAGCCAGAUCUUAUGCCUUACAUCCUGAGAGUGAUCAAUUCCCAGCAUCGAGUAUUUACACAUUCAAAGCCACUACACAUCAGCGCUUCUUACCGCCUUUCGAUAGUGUUGCCUACGUGAUAGCGCCAGAUCGUUUCGUGACGUUCGACGGCCGUGUGUUUGCCUUCCACUCAGCAUGUGAAUAUCUGUUGGCCACGGAUCUGAUGCAUCAGCAAUUCUCUCUGAUUGGCAGUUUCAAACGGGAGAGAGCUGGCACGGAAUUGGAUGCGAUUAAAGUGGAGAUUCAGAAGGAUCAAAUUGUGAUGCAUUUGAACGGAAAGGCAGAAGUUGGCGGUCGGGAAGUUUCGAUGCCAUGGCAAAAAGUCGAUACAAUGGACGGAAGUGCAUUGGUGUCGAUUCAUCGUGAAGGAGACUGGACAAUCCUCAAAUCGUACAUUGGCGUUGAGGUGAAGUGCAAUUCGGUGCAUCACCUGUGCGAAAUCAAAUUACCGGGACGAAUGCACGCGAAGAGCGGUGGUUUACUGGGUUGUAACGAUAACGAACCUUACAAUGAUUUGGAUCUCAUCGAUGGAACGCACAACAAUGAGACGAAUAUCUUGGCUGAACAUUGGGCCGUACAAGGCUCUUGCCGUGCCAAUGAAGCGCCGCCGUUGCGUAGCCAAGAGAACGAGAAAUGCGAGGAGUUGUUCAUUUCGUCAGGCAGUUCGUUGAGUGAUUGCUUCUCACAGGUGAAUCCACAGAAAUUCGAGCAGAUCUGUUCGUCCGAUCGACCAGAGCAUCAAUGCAGAGCAGUGUCGGCGUUUGUUCACGUUUGCACUAAUAACGGCAUCGAUCUAUCGCUUCCAAAACCAUGUGUGCACUGUGAGGAUGGUCUGAAGAUGGAUGAAGAGAUAGAAGUGCCUCAUGCGGGUAAAGGACACGACAUCGUGUUCGUUGUACAGGAGAAAGCUUGUCUGGAUCCAUACAAACAGAACAUUGCUCGUAUUGCGCAGGCAAUCGGAAGUCAGCAAAGGGAUGCACGUUUCGGUUGGAUCGGCUAUGGUGGUGAGGGUAUUCACCAUUCACCACAUGUCCAUUAUGGGCAUGAUUCGGCAGUUCUCGACAUGAACGCGUUCGUACGUCAAACACAACACAAAUUCGAGAGCGAAUCCGGUUUUGAGCCGAAGCCAAUGUGCACUCUCGAAGCUAUCAAAUAUGCUGUGGAGCAUUUUCCGUUCAGGUUGGGUGCAGCAAAAAGCAUUGUGUUGGUAACGUGUAAGCCAUGCAUUGGUGGUUCACAUUCGGUCAGCCAAUCGGAACUGCAGGAGCUGGUGAUAAGUCAUGGAAUAACGAUGCAUAUGCUCUCGUUGGCUAAGAUCAAGACGUCCGACAAGGUGCAAGCAGUUGGAAUGGACGCCGAUCACUUAUUCAGCCAAGUCGGAUCACCAGUGGGCGAUCGAUCGAACGUACUGAAACCGAGCGAUGUCUGCUCGGUGGUUGCCCAGGAAUCACAUGGAACCGUCUUCAAUAUCAAGCAUGGUGCGAAUGUGAUUUCGUCAAAGAUUCAACCGAAACACGUCGAUAGUUGCACACUCUGCAAAUGUGAAGUACACGAACUGACCGUCCAGAACCAUUGUCAUCCAUGCGACGAAGUGAUACCUGCAAGCUCGGAAUCGGCGAAAUUCUCCGGCAAAGUGAGUGACGACAGCGCGGACGAGAUAUCACUGGAUGAAUUAUUCAUGUUCUAG